UACUACUUACUAACUAAAAUAGAAGGCCAAGCUACCCCUCCUUUCUUUCUCACCUUCCACACAUAUCCCCUCCCUACUCUACCUACCCGCCAUCUUCCCCCCAACACAACCCUUCUAACUAUUUAUUUAACUUUUCCUUGAUUACCCCAUUACUCUCUCUCUCUCUCUCUAUCUCUCUCUUGCUCUUCUUCAUUGGUACUCCAUAAUACUAUCAUCAGUUAGAGCUUGAAACACAGGUGGUGAGAUACACAAAAUCACGGCAACAAUGUUACAAGUCGCCUCUGUUGAAACCCAAAAACCAGAGCUCUCCCCGGCUAAUUUAGAAAUCACUAAUUCUCACCAAAACCAAUCCUCAUCAUCAUCUUCUUCUGAAAUCCAUAAUUAUGUUUUCAGAUCAAAGCUUCCCGACAUACCCAUCUCCAAUCACCUCCCUCUGCACACUUACUGUUUCGAGAAUAUCUCCCAAUUCUCGGACAGGGCCUGCCUCAUACUAGGCUCCACUAAUAAGACCUACUCCUUCGCCGAAACCCAUCUCAUUUCCCAAAAAGUCGCUGCCGGAUUAUCCAACCUCGGCCUUCAAAAAGGCGACGUAAUUAUGCUCCUUCUCCAAAACUGCGCCGAAUUCGUCUUCUCCUUCAUGGGCGCUUCAAUGAUUGGAGCAGUUACCACCACCGCCAACCCUUUUUACACCCCAGCUGAGGUUUUCAAGCAAUUCUACGCAUCCAAGGCCAAACUCAUCAUUACCCACUCCCAAUAUGUCGAUAAGCUCCGGGACGCAGGUGAUAAUUUCCCAAAACUCGGCGAGGAAUUCACUGUGAUCACGAUCGAUGACCCCCCGGAGAACUGCCUCCACUUCUCUGUUCUAUCCGAGGCAAACGAAACCGAAAUCCCAACGGUUUCCAUAGAUUCAAACGACGCCGUGGCUCUUCCUUUUUCAUCGGGGACCACGGGGUUACCAAAGGGCGUGGUCUUGACUCACAAGAGUUUGAUUACGAGCGUGGCUCAACAAGUAGACGGAGAGAACCCCAAUUUGUUUUUGAAAACAGAGGAUGUGGUGUUGUGCGUGCUUCCCCUGUUUCACAUAUUCUCGUUGAAUUCGGUGCUGUUGUGUUCGCUGAGAACAGGGUCCGGAGUGCUUUUGAUGCAGAAGUUUGAGAUAGGGGCACUGCUGGAGCUGAUACAGAGGUACCGGGUGUCGGUAGCCGCGGUGGUGCCGCCGCUAGUUCUGGCGUUGGCGAAGAAUCCAAUGGUGGAGGGCUUCGAUUUGAGCUCCAUCAGGACGGUGUUGUCGGGAGCGGCACCGCUAGGUAAGGAGCUGGAACAGGCUCUCCGGAGCAGAGUGCCCCAAGCCGUUUUUGGUCAGGGUUAUGGAAUGACAGAGGCAGGACCAGUAUUAUCAAUGAGCCUAGCAUUUGCGAAGCAACCUUUCCAAACAAAAUCUGGGUCUUGCGGGACUGUAGUAAGGAACGCCGAGCUCAAAGUCAUUGACCCGGAAACUGGUUCCUCCCUUCCCCACAACCAACCAGGAGAGAUUUGCAUACGUGGUCUCCAAAUUAUGAAAGGAUACUUAAAUGAUGAUGAUGCCACGGCUACCACCAUUGAUGCGGAUGGUUGGCUCCACACCGGGGAUAUAGGCUACGUCGACGACGAUGAUGAAGUUUUUAUUGUUGAUAGAGUUAAGGAGCUCAUCAAAUUCAAAGGCUUCCAGGUGCCGCCAGCCGAGCUCGAGGCCCUUCUUGUUAGCCACCCAUCUAUUGCAGAUGCCGCUGUUGUCUCGCAAAAAGAUGAGGUUGCUGGUGAACUUCCUGUUGCAUUUGUGGUUCGGUCGCGUGGGUUUGAGCUUACAGAAGAGGCUGUUAAAGAAUUCAUAGCCAAACAAGUGGUGUUUUACAAGAGACUGCACAGGGUCUACUUCGUCCACGCUAUUCCAAAGUCUCCUUCUGGAAAGAUUUUGAGAAAAGAUCUCAGAGCUAAACUUGCCACAGCUGCUGGUUCCCACGACAUUCCCUCCUAGAAAUUACUGUAGUACUUCAUUGUUCGAUUUUUACUGUUGGGCAAGCACAAGCCCUCCAGUCUUAGUUGACUUGGCUUCAAAUGGAUGGAUACUCAAGGGGUAAUUAAACACAUUCAUUGCCAACCAUUAUUUGUAACGUUGUGUCAAUUCGUGUUGAUGAUCUUCUUCUCUGUGUUUCACCAUUAAUUUGUUUGAAUCAUCAAGUUUUGAUGUAUAUCAUCAUCAUGCCAUUUUAUAUUUUGGAAUAGUGGAAGCUCGCGAAAUGUCAUAUACCAAAAUUACUUGA